AUGUCGUUCUCUUUGUACUAUCUGUGCGCAGUCGUCAGGAAACAAAGGACAGGCAUCAGCAGUUUCGCAAGAAAUACAACUUUCAGGGGAAGAAUAAAAAUGGACAAAAUUUUGAUACAGAUUGGGGAAUUUGGCUGGUACCAGAAAUUUGUAUAUUUCCUGAUUUGUUGGAGCACUUUGUUUUCCGGACUGUACGAAAUGAUGUCUGUAGUAUUACUUAAUACCCCAGAGCACAGGUGCAAGGUCCCUGGCCUCGAAAAUGACACGUACGAUAUACACAGUACCUAUCAACAGAACCUUGUCAACAACUACAUACCUCCAUCGGUUGAUGAAUCACAAAAUUAUGAUCGCUGCCAUUUGUACGCAUUUGACUACAACGAUGUCAAGUUCGACAACUCCGGCAGACCAAUCAACGCUACACUCGUUAAAUGCGAUAAAUGGGUAUACAGUGAUUCUGUUAUGAAAGAAAGUCUUUCCACUAAGCUAGACAUAGUGUGUGACGAUACAUACCUCAUUCCGUUGGUGAAGUCGUUGUACAUAGUUGGGAAGUUUAUUGGCGCCUUUGUGUUCGGAAAUCUCUCCGAUGCAAUUGGCCGUAAAACCACACUAUGCGUUGCCCUGAUGGCGAUGUUUGGAUUGACCUUCGGAAUGUCUUGGUCUUCCUCCUAUAUCGUGUUCGCUGUCAUCAUAACGGCCAUUGGAGUCACAACCCAGGGAGUCUUUCCGAUAGGGUUUGUCCUCGGUGUAGAGUUGGUUGGUCCAUCAAAACGAAAAUACACCGGCUUGGUUGCCGAGUAUUUCUUUUCAAUCGGACUGGUUAUUCUCGCCGGUGUCAGUUUUCUCGUUCGAGAUUGGUUCAUCAUCAACAUCAUCUGCUCAGCACACGCUGCUCUAUUCAUAUUUUACUGGUGGCUGAUUCCAGAGUCACCUCGUUGGCUGAUCAGUAAAAAACGCUAUCAAGACGCCUAUACAGUUCUACAGAAAAUAGCAAGGUCGAAUAAAGUGACAAUAGACCAUAAGAUCUUAGAGGAAGAAAUGACGACCGAAGCAUCUGAACCUGUAGGGCGGGUGUGGCAAUUGUUUUCAAAAAGCAUGCUAGCGCGUACUCUCAUCAUUUUGUUCAAUUGGUGCAUAGUGAGCAUGAUUUACUAUGGCUUGUCUCUAAAUGCUGGUAACCUAGGUGGAGAUUUUUACCUUAACAUGUCUUUAUCUGGACUAGUGGAAAUUCCGGCGAAUGCUAUGGUCUUACUAUUAGUCGAUCGAGUUGGCAGGAAAAAGAUUUACUGUAUCUGUAUGAUAUUUGGUGGAUGUGCUUGUGCGGCUACAAUACUUCCGAUUGUUUAUAAUGAAACCGAGAACGAGGUCAUUAUCACGACACUUGCCAUGAUUGGAAAGUUUGGUACGUCAGCCGCAUACGGGACAAUGUAUCUUUAUUCUGUGGAGUUGUUUCCUACCGUUGUGAGAAACGCAGGUUUGGGUGCAAGUAUUUGUGCUGGGAGGAUUGGAGGAAUAGUGGCACCGUAUAUCGCAGAUUCGGCUGCAUUGAUAAGUGGAUUGGUCGGUAAAAUAUUUCCUUUAGGAAUGUUUGGAUUACUCUCCAUAAUCGCCGGAUUGUCAUCUUUGUACUUACCGGAAACUCUUAACAAAACAUUGCCAGAAACUAUGGAAGACAGCAAACUACUCGGAAAGUCUGCCUAUAUGUCGCUUGGGGACAACGACAGCAAGGAAGACAAAAAUCAUUUCUAUUAUAACAAGGGAUACCGUUCAGAAAAAGGAAAUACAAAUCUUUGA